AUGCCAGGACGAGGCAGGACCAACUUUGGUCCUUGGCGUGGUCGACCCCGACCCGGGGGAGGCUCAGGCCGUGGACUGAGGGGCGACUCACGAGGAGGCUCUUGGAGCAGUUCCGAACGCAGUCCAAUGGAGGGGCCGAGGGAAACCUCGAGGGCCCCUGCCCGGUCAAGAGCUCGCUCUACUCGUGCAUCUCGCGGGUCACGAGACGCUUCUAGUCUCAUCGGCCCAACGCCCACUUCGCCCAUUUUCUCGACUCCCCACAGUGCCCGUCAGCAGUCAGACGCAAUACAAAGGAGUGCAACUUCUAGAGCAGAGCGCAUCGAAGGCAAUGAUGUCUUGCGCCUUGUGCCAGACCACAGCCUACCUCACUAUGGGUCUAGGUCCACACCAUCGAGCGGGCUCGAAGGUCAUCCGUUUAUCAGGGGGCGGUCCCUGGCCGAAGCUGAUCGGAUGAAGCAAGUCAUCAUAGCUAUUUCUGUCGGCGAGAUGGGCGUACUUGGCUGCGCCUAUUACGACUCCGACGAAGGCCAUUUUUUUCUGCUUCAAGAUAUGCCGUGUACUGAGCCGUUACAGUUUAUCGAGACUAUCAUUGUUCAUUGCCAGCCCACGACAGUCUUGCUGCCCUUGAGGAUACCGGAUGCGGUGCUUCAGUUUCUAGAGCAACACAAUAGCACCGUGGAUCGAGACUCCGUUGCAGAACAAUACACCAUUCGGUUGCUUGGAUCGAACGAGUUCAGUCACGCCGCCUCCUUGGACAAGCUCACCGGCCUGUCGAUGAUCUGCACAGAACACGCCCUCGUUACAAAUUCAGACAAUCAAUUCGCCCAUGACGGUAUAGAGGGCACCCAGGCAGAAUGCCACAAUGUCAAAGUUAUGCGUCUAGGCACAUUCAUAGACCUCGACAGCGUCAUGUCGAUUAGAUGUGCCGGCGCCGUCCUGAGCGAUAUCACGCGCUUGGGGGAUAUUGAACAACCGCCAGGCUUUUCGGAAAAUACCUUCAUCACCUCCAUCCGAAUGUUCACCUUGACUGACUUCAUGUUUGUCAACGCCGACACGUUAUCGUCCCUCCAGGUGUUCCAAUCAGAGCUACAUCCCAACAGUCUGAUGUCGGGUACAGGCAUAGCAGCCACCGGGCUGAAAGAGAGCUUGUCCCUUUACGGCAUUUUCCAUCCACUAGCCGGCACAUUCCAGGGAAAGGCAAAGCUCAGGCAGCUAUUUCUGCGUCCACUGGUUAAUAUCGAAGUUAUUCAAGAGAGGCAUAAGACUAUUUCAGUACUUCUACGACCCGGGAACGAGGAAGCUUUUGCCGAGAUUUCAAAGACCCUGAGAAAGGUCACGGAUAUCAAAAAAGCCUUGGUUCAGCUGAAAAGGGGCGCUGAAUCUCCUACCAGCACUGCGUCGGUCGAACGCGGCGUGUGGUGGACCUUGACUCGGUUUGCACUAUCCAUGUUGCGUCUCAGGGAUGCCGUCCUUCAGCUACAAGAAGGGCACGAUAUCGCCGUUUUUAGACAGAUGAUCGAAGCUACUCCCGUAGUCAUUAUCAAGAGUGUUGGAGAACUAGUUGGGACAACUGUCGAUUUCGAGGAGACCAAAGCAAGUUCUCGGGUUGCUGUGAGAUGGAACGUCAAUCCCCAGCUCGACAGGCUCAAACAAACAUACCACGGGCUGGAUUCUUUAUUGAGUGAUGUCAGUACGUCGAUGUCCCGCAAACUCCCCGAGUGGGCCCAGAAAUACGUUACCGGUUGCGUGUUCUGGCCUCAACUGGGUUUCCUCACCGUUGUGCCUUUGCUCCCCAACACUGGCGAGGCAGGUUACGAAGGACAAGGAUUAAAUGAAGACCGAUGGGAUAAACGGUUCGUUGCCAACGGAAACGUGUAUUACAAGAACAGAUGCAUGUUGGAACUAGAUGAUCAAUUUGGUGACACAUACAGUAGGAUUGUCGAUUUGGAAGUCGAAAUACUGCACAAUCUGGCCUGUCAGGUUCUCAAAUAUGAAUCGACGCUCAGUCGUGCGUCUGAAGCUUGCGGCGAGCUAGAUUGCUUAGUAGCACUAGCUAAAGGGGCACUCAACUACGGCUGGACCAACCCAACGAUGACAACCGACAACGUUGUGUCAGUUCAAGGAGGGCGCCAUCCGCUUCAAGAGUUGACUGUACCAAAAUUCAUCCCCAAUGAUUGCCAGCUCGCUGGCGGCUCUGGCGGCGAGGUGGAAGUACGGAUGGAAGUACCCGUGAAUGAGAAUCCGAAAGCCAGUAUGCUCGUCGUCACAGGGCCCAACCAUUCUGGAAAGAGCGUAUAUAUCAAGCAGGUCGCUCUGAUAGUUUACAUGGCCCACAUAGGCAGCUUUGUGCCUGCGGAUAGCGCUACCGUUGGCAUCACUGAUCAGAUCCUGACCCGCAUCUCAACGCGAGAAAGUGUGUCACUCGCAGAGAGUUCUUUUGGCACUGACCUGAGGCAGGUUGCAUUCCUGCUGAAACACUCCACCCGCCGUACUCUGGUUGCAAUCGACGAAUUCGGAAAAGGAACAGCAACCGACGAUGGAUCCGGACUCAUGACCGCCCUUAUUGAUCAUUUCACCGCUCUUGGCUCACAGACACCAAGGGUCCUCAUCACAACACACUGUCACGAGAUAUUUGAGGACGGUUAUCUGGGGGAUAGGUCAGGGCUGUUUCUCGCACACAUGGACGUUCGCCUUGACCUCGAGACAAAGCACACCGAGGACCAGGUGGUCGCUAUGUACUGCUUGGUUCCCGGAAGAAGCAUGUCGAGUUUUGGAAGUCGGUGUGCAGCACUGAAUGGGGUAAACACCGCGGUUGUGGAGCGAGCUGAAGCAAUUGUGCUUCUCCUGGCUCGCAAUGAGGACCUCGGAGUGGCAUGUGCCAAAUUGGAUGCUGAAGCCGAGGCCCGGCUCAAAGGGUCUGAGAAUGUUGCCCGCAAGUUUCUUCAACUCUCUCUGGAAAACACUAGAACGACCCGGCCGCAGCAUGGAGCGGUUACUGGCGAGGAGCCUGUACGAAAUUUGCUUCAGAGGCUCUUGAAAGUCAAUAUUGCCGUCUGA